CAAGAGUUCAGGCUCUGGAAAAUCAGUUAAGAAUGAUGGAAAGGAAUAAUGAGAGGCUGCUGAACUUAAUGGAGAAGCAGAUGAGUCGUUUCCAUGAAGAUGAUGAGGGGAAAUUUUAUAAGAGAUUGUCUAGUCAUCAACCUCCAAAAUAUGAUGGAGAACCUGAUCCAGUUCGCUUUGAGGAUUGGAUUGCAGAAAUGGAGAAACUGUUGGAGGCUAUAAACUGCCCGUCAAGGAUGAAAGUGAAAUUAGCCGCAUUCUACUUAACAGGCACUGCUGAAUUAUGGUGGAGGACUAUAAAACAAACCGCCAUAGAUUCUACUUGGGAAGAAUUUAUAAAGAAGCUUCGUGAUCAAUUUUACCCACCCUCGCUUCAGAGAAAGAAAGAGAAUGAAUUCUUGUUUCUGAGGCAAGGAACUAUGUCAGUGAUCGAGUACGCAAGUAAGUUCAGAGAGCUGGCUAGAUUCGCUACUGAAAUAGUGAUCUCUGAUCGAGGCAAGGCGAUUAGAUUUUUCGAAGGUCUGAACCUCAGGAUCCAAAAAGGCACUCCUAGAUAUCAAGAUUUUGAUGAUUUGUACAAUCAAGCCUUGGAGUACGAGCGUAUUUUGGAAAAAGAAGACGGGUUUAAUAAAAGAAAGAAUGAAUCUAGUGGGGGCAGUAGGUACAAGAAGGCCAGGAAUGAAGGGAAGAAGCCGUUUCAGACUGUAGCAAGGCCGACACAGUGGAGAUGUAGGUUAUGUGGAAAAGAUCAUCGAGGCCGAAACUGUAAUGGGAAGAUUGUAUGUUACAAGUGUCACAAGGAGGGACAUCUGGCUAGUAACUGUGGGGAAACGUUCAAUCUGAGCAAAACAACAUCAGAAGCUGCAGGAAACAGAGCAUUUGGCAAUCAGAGGAAUGAGACUAAAGCAUCAGUAGGCCUGCAUGCAAUUGGAGAUCAUUAUGAUGGUUUACACCAGGAGUUUGAAGUUGAAGAUGCUGCAGGUAACUUUACAUGAAGUUAUUAAGAAGCUAUUGUAUUGUUUAUGUGAGAUUAGGAUAUUAUAAGUAUGUAGUUUGUAUUAUGGGUAUGUAAAAAACGAUAAUUAUGUAUUAACGAAAGAUGUAAUACGUAAA